AUGCAUGGCAAGUGUGGAAGCUUAUUGGAUGCUCGUGAAGUGUUUGAUGGAAUGCCUGAACGAAAUGUGAUUUCAUGGACUGCCAUGAUUUUAGCCUAUGAUAGCAGUGAGCAAGCUGAAACGGCACUAGGGUUUACCCAAAUGCAGUGGACAAACAUUCAACCCAAUCACUUUACCCUCUCUGCCAUUAUUUAUGCAAUUGGUAGGGUGGCAUCUCUAGAGAAGAGACUGGAAGUCCAUGCACAAGCAGUUAGAAGAGGACUGCAGUCAGAUUUAUUUGUUGGGAAUGCCUUUGUAGAUGUGUAUGUAAAAUGUGGAAGCAUGGAGGAUGGACUCCAUGUGUUUGACGCAAUGCUGCAACAAGAUGUUGUCAUGCUGGCCUAG